AUGGCAUCACCAGUUGCUUCCGCGGCCCUCCGGUCACGUAUCAAGCGGCCGUCGAUGCUGAAGAAAGUUUGCAACCCCGAAGAUCUGCUCCAACACUUUCCCAAUGGCUCGUAUAUCGGCUGGUCCGGGUUCACGGGCGUUGGAUACCCAAAAAAACUGCCGACCUUCCUCGCAGAUCACGUCGAAAAGAACAAACUACAGGGCCAGCUGCGAUACAGUUUAUUCGUGGGCGCGUCGUCGGGAGCUGAGACCGAAAACCGAUGGGCUGCGCUGGACAUGAUCGAGAGGCGGUCGCCUCAUCAGGUUGGCAAGAAUAUUUCCAAGGGGAUCAACGAGGGGCGGAUCAAGUUCUUUGACAAGCACUUGAGCAUGUUUCCUGUAGACUUGGUUUAUGGCUUCUACACGAAGGACAGGCCAAAGAACAAGAUUGACGUUGCCGUCGUAGAAGCGACCGAGAUCAAGGAGGACGGCAGCAUCGUACCCGGCGCUUCCGUUGGCGCAACGCCGGAACUCCUCCAGCUCGCCGACAAGAUUGUCAUCGAAGUUAACACGGCCCUACCCAGCUUCGACGGCCUGCACGACAUCACUAUGACCGACCUCCCGCCCCGACGGAAACCCUACCUCAUCACCAAUGUCGAGGACCGCAUCGGUACCAACUCAAUACCGAUCGACCCGGAGAAGGUAGUCGGUAUCCUCGAAUCCGACUACCAGGACCAAACGCAACCCAACACGCCCGCAGACGAAACAUCGAAGAGGAUCGCCGGGCACCUGAUUGAGUUCCUCGAGCACGAGGUCCGGCACGGCCGCUUACCCCCUAACCUGCUGCCGCUACAGUCGGGCAUAGGCAAUAUCGCCAACGCCGUCAUCGGCGGCCUCGACCACUCCAACUUCCGCAACCUCAAAGUAUGGACCGAAGUGAUUCAAGACACCUUCCUAGACCUCUUCGACUCCGGCCGCCUAGACUUCGCAACCGCCACCUCGGUGCGUUUCUCCCCAGACGGCUUCAAGCGCUUCUACGACAACUGGGAAACCUACCAAAACAAGCUCCUCCUCCGGUCCCAGCAAGUCUCCAACUCGCCCGAGAUCAUCCGCCGCCUCGGCGUCAUCGGCAUGAACACCCCCGUCGAAGUCGACAUCUACGCCCACGCCAAUUCCACCUGUGUCAUGGGCAGCCGCAUGCUCAACGGCCUCGGUGGCUCCGCCGAUUUCUUGCGCAGCGCCAAGUACAGCAUCAUGCAUACCCCGUCGACGCGCCCGUCCAAGACCGACCCGCUGGGCGUGAGCUGCAUUGUGCCCAUGUGCACACAUGUGGAUCAGACGGAACAUGACCUAGACGUGAUUGUGACGGAGAACGGAUUGGCGGAUGUGCGCGGGCUAAGUCCGAGGGAGAGGGCGCGGGUGAUUAUCGAUCAGUGUGCGCAUGAGGUGUAUCGGCCGAUUCUGAAGGAGUAUUUUGAGAAGGCGGAGAGUGAGUGCUUGAGAAAGGGGAUGGGGCAUGAGCCGCAUUUAUUGUGGAAUGCGUUUGAUAUGCAUCGGGCGCUGAGUGAAGAGGGGAGCAUGCAGAAGGUUAAGUUGUGGUGA